GCGAUGUGGGCCUGCAGAAUGACAUCAUGCUGGCCGACCCAAGCAGUUACCGAUUUGUCUGGUGGGAGGGCGCCCUCCGAGCACUCCCGGCCACUCCUGCAGAUGCUGUUUUCGGCGACUUCCUGUCUCUACCGGGCAAGAUCAGGGCCGGGCUGGGGGCGAUCGGCAUCAAG